AUGCGCGCCCAGCACCUCGUCCUUGCCAUUGUCGGCCUUGCUGCAGCUGCUCCUCUCGACAUGAGAGGCGCCGACGCUGAGGCCGAGGCUAUUCCUUUCUACCCGAAGAGGGGCGCUGAUGCCGAAGCUGAAGCCAUCCCGUUCUAUCCCAAGAGGGGCGCCGAUGCUGAGGCUGAAGCCAUUCCUUUCUACCCGAAGCGAGGAGCGGACGCCGAAGCCGAGGCUAUUCCGUUUUACCCCAAGAGAGGAGCAGACGCAGAGGCAGAGGCGAUCCCCUUUUACCCUAAGAGGGAUGCUUCUGAGGCUGAAGCUAUCCCGUUCUACCCCAAGAGAGGAGCUGACGCCGAAGCUGAAGCCAUUCCUUUCUACCCCAAGCGUGGUGCGGAUGCCGAAGCCGAAGCCAUCCCUUUCUACCCCAAGAGGGAUUCUGCUGAAGCCGAAGCUAUCCCUUUCUACCCUAAGCGAGGCGCUGAUGCCGAGGCCGAGGCUAUUCCCUUUUACCCCAAGAGGGACGCUGCAGAGGCUGAGGCCAUCCCCUUCUACCCGUAA